GGCCCACUUUGGUUGUAGCAACCGUGGACGGUGCGCAUUUAAUCAGUUUGACGUAGAGCUCGAUCGUUUGUGUUGCUCCAAUUGUGCGGCAGCAACGGCUUCUAAUUCGAGAGUGCAUUAUACAUAGAGUUUCAACAAAUUGGUAGAUCCGUUAUUAGUUAGUAGUUAAACGGUAUCGUGGCAUGUAUAGCAGGAUCGUCAAUACCAAACACACGGCAAACGUACUUAAUACGAAUGCACUUAUCUUUAUUGCAGUAUUCUAAAAAUAAAUUUACCGUCACACAAAAUGGAAAGCAAAAGUAAAUAUCAAACAGUUAUCAACGUUGAAGAGCAAUACUUAGCAAAUAUGUCGACCAGUGUAUCCACAGCCACGGCUACCACAAAAACUACGCGCAAAGUGACAAAAAAAUCAACACUCAAGUCCGCUAAAAGUCAGAGUAUUGAGGAAACAAUAAGCGUUGAUUUUAACAACAGUUUAGUCGAAAGCGUCCAGAGCAGCUGUGCAGAGAAUACCAAUACCCCGCACAAAAUAAUCAAGAAAAAAUCACCAGGUGACAUUACAACAAGUGCUCAAUCCAGUACAUCUACCACCAAAACAACAAUUUCCGCCAGCAUACAAGAGCAUACCGAGGAGGUGCAGCAAAAUGAAAAUGUUGCAACCGUAGAAAGUAAUCAAGAAAUAACAACCGGCAAUGGUAAAAAGAAACUGAAAAGCAAGAAGAGUAAGAAAGGUGAAACGGUUCAACAGAAUAUAUCGGUGAAAUCUAGCUUUAGCAAAUUCGAUGCUUUGCAGAAACGCAAUUUAAUUCAUGUACGUUCAAGUGAUGCUGAUAAAGCACAAAAAAAAUUCAGUAACCCACAAUGUGAUAAGGAGAUCAAUUGCCGCCUGUGCACUAAACCUGUAUAUAAAAUGGAGGAAAUCAAGGCUGAAAAGAGCAUUUAUCAUAAAAAUUGCUUCCGCUGCCGUGAAUGUAAUAAACAAUUGAAAGUCGACAACUAUCAAAGUCAUGAGGGUGUCUUAUACUGCAUGGUGCAUUUUAAGUUGUUAUUUAGCCCGAAAUGUGUAGAAGAUUCUGAGCCAGAGUCACCACGUAAACCGGAGUUAAUAGUUAGAGAAAAUCAACCCGUUGAAUUACCCCCAGAUGUUGUAAGAGCUUCAGACAAGCCCGAUCUCGGUUUGGAAGAAUUACAACAACUCAACGUACGCUCAAGAUUUCAAGUAUUUGAAAAUGCAACACAAGCCCAACAAGAACAGGAAAAGUGUACAGAAGAGCGAAAUCCUGUCAAACACAGCAAUUCUAUAUUGUCCAAAAUCGCGAAAUUGCAGGCGCAAGGCAUUCGAUCUGAACUGAUCGAUUACUCCUCGGAGAGCAACAGUGACAUAAGUGAUGCAGAAAAUGACGAAGACGACGAUGCAGAUUUGGUGCGCUCAAAGAAACGCACACAACGUGAACGUCCAGUCGGUAUUGGUCAUGCUAUGCACGAUAUAAAAACUAGAUUUGAGAAGGGACACGUUAUGUCCAAAGAGGAGCGACGCGAGGAACGUAAACAAGAAAUUCAAAACAUACGUUCACGACUUUUCAUGGGAAAGCAAGCGCGCAUCAAAGAGAUGUAUCAACAAGCUGUCGCUGAAUCUGAGCAAGCAAUUACGGCAUCCGACAAAAAGCUCGAAAUAGAUUAUGAAGGUGCCGCCCGCUCGCUUAAGGAACGAUUCGAAAAAGGAGAUGUAUUUAAAAACUCCCGAGAUCACAGCGAAGAGAAUCCAACCAAUCACAAGGGUUUACACAAUGAAGAUGUUUUUGAAUCAGCGAUUAGUAAAAAAUCACGGAGUAUAUUUAUGGAAUUGGAUGCGAAUGUUGUUGCUGACAGAAAACAAUUGAACUCACCAAAAUUGCCAAAUCCACAACCCAAUAAACAGCACACAUAUAACACCAGAGGACAGAAUAGCGAAAAUGAACCUGAGGACAUCGUCAAGUAUGAUGAGAAACCAGAGGAUAUAAAAAUCGAAACCUCAGAAAUCAGUUCAAAAUUUAAAUUUUUUGAAACGUAUCGUCCAACCGAACAAAAAAAGAAAGAGUUUCGUAUUACUCCGCCAAGGGAGGGAGUUGUGAAAAUGCCAACGCCAGAUGCGGAAACGGAAGAAGAGACAAAUCAUGCUGAUAGGCCAGAGGAAGAAACUCACGCAUUAGAGAAAUCUCACACUACUGCCAUUAUGUUGAACAAGUUUCGUGAAAUGGAACAGAAUAGUGGUGACCAACAGGCUGGUCCCCGACCGCUGAAAUGUUUUACACCGCCGCUAGAUGGUGGUAAUCGUGUGUAUAGCGAUGACGACAGCAGCGACGUAGAAUCACAAGAUGAAAAUGAAGAAUUCGAGGAAGAGGAUGAUGAAGAUGAAGAUUACGACUCAUCAGGGGGACAUUACAAGUGCUCGCUGGAUGACGAGGCACUCAAGGAGGCAAAAGCAGCAGCACGUGCUAAACAGCUACGUGUGAAAUUCGAAAAGUGGGAGGCCAAUGAGAGAGAGCGCGAACUAAAUGAAGGCCGUAUUGACAUCUAUUCUAAUGAAGUAUCCGAUUCCUCAAAUAUCGAAAGCACAAAAACCAUACGUGAACGUUUUGAAAAUAUGAAGAACUCUACACAGAGCGCUCAAUUAGCAAGGCCACGGUAUCAAGUUAACCGUUUUGUUUGAAAAUCCUCAAGCAGUACAAUCAUCAGUUCAUUGGAACAUGUUGUAUUCAAUAGCUGGCACUUAAUAUUUUCAUUAUUUAUUGUCUAAAAUGAAACAAAUAUAUAAGUUAUAACAAAAAUAA